AUGGGUUCCAGCACGCAAAGCCCUCAGAGCCCUCGAAGCCCGCAAAGCCCCAAGAGCAAGGCGGCCUCGCCCGCACCCGCAGUUGCCCCGCUCAGCGCUGAGGCGCAAAAUGCAGCUGGCAUUCUUCCUGCAGCCCACUGGACGGAGCAACCGCUCCCCGAAGAGGACAUUGAUGACGGGGCGUCUUCCAUCGGCUCCUUCAGUUCUACAACCGCUUCGCUAAGCUCAAGCAUUUACAAGUACCGCGAAGUUCACGGAAGAACCUAUCAUGCCGAAAUCGGUAACGCAGAGUCAUGGCAGCCCAACGAUCAACGCCAUGUUGAUGCGAUGGAAAUUUGGUACCACGCUGUUACGUUACAAAUGGGAGGAAAGCUAUUCUUCUCCCCUCUUGAGCAGAAGAAGGUGAACAGGGCCCUUGAUAUUGGGACGGGGCUUGGCCUGUGGGCGAUUGACUUUGCCGACGAAUUUCCCAACGCUGAAGUUAUAGGAACUGAUGUCACCCCUAUCCAACCUUCUUGGGUCCCCCCUAACGUCAAGUUUGAGCUAGACGAUUGCAAUAAGGAAUGGACCUGGCCCGAUAAUACGUUCGAUUUUGUUAAUUUGCGGUACUUGAUAGGCGUUGUCGAUGACUGGGAUGCCCUCUUUCGCAACGCAUAUCGAGUCGCUAAGCCCGGAGCCUAUGUGGAGAGUCUUGUUCCCGGAUCUUAUUUCUUGUCCGAUGACGGGACAGUUAAGGAGGGUAGUUCCCUGGACCAAUGGGGUAGGGUAUUCCGGGAGGGCGGCAAAAGAAUUGGAAGAACGUUUUCGAUAUUAGAAGAGGAUCUCCAGCGGAAAGGUAUGGAGGCUGCUGGGUUCGUCGAUAUCGAGUUCAAGGAUUUCCGAUGCCCAAUGGGUACGUGGCCCUCUGAUAAGGAAGAAGCGGAAAAGGCUCUUUGGCAGAAGUUCGCUGUGGAGGCCGAUCUUGAAGGUUACAUCAACUACAUGUGGCAUUCUGUCCUUGGUUGGACCGCGGAUGAAGCAAAAGCUUUUGCCCGUCAUCUGAGAAGGGAUAUAAAUAACCCCAAGAUCCACGGAUACAUGAUCAGCCGUGUUGUAUGGGGUCGGAAACCGGAGUAG